AUGGAAGAUAUCUGCUCAAACACUGGCGAGAGGAUGGGUCGCAGUGAGGAGCUCAGUGACUUUCAGCGUGGCACCGUCGUAGGAUGCCACCUGUCUAAAAAGUCAGUGCGUGAGAUUUCAGCCCUGUUAAACCUGCCACGGUCCACAGUGAGCGCCGUUAUUUUGAGGUGGAAACGCGGAGGAAUAACCACGGCUCUGCCUCGGAGCGGCCGACCGCACAAGCUGAAGGAGGAAGACCGUCAAAUGCUGGAGCAGAUCGCGGUGGAAAAGUGUUUGCCCUCAGUAAAUGCUCUCACCACCGAGUUUCAGAGCGCGUCCGGAGUCGACGUGAGCCCCAAGACUAUCCGCCGGGAGCUGCGGGAGAUGGGCUUCCGCGGCAGAGUAUCUACGUAUAACAAGCCUGCAGGAAGGAAGAAAGCAAAGACGAAGCAGGCAGCCGCCUGCCAAGAUGAGGCCCAGAUGGAUGUGUCUCAUCUGGACCUGCGUGUUGGACGUAUAAUCUCAGCCUUGCAGCUUCCAGAAACUGACAGUCUGUACAGGGAGGAGGUCGAUGUUGGAGAGGCUUCUCCGCGGACGGUGGUCAGCGAACUGGGCAAGCAUAUACCUGUAGACCAGAUGCAGGACCGCAUGGCAGUUCUGCUGUGCAACCUGAAACCAGUCAAGAUGAGUGGAGUUGUGUCCCAGGCGAUGGUCAUGUGUGCCAUCUCUCCAGACAAAGUCGAAAUCCUUGAUCCUCCGAGUGGAGCAGCACCAGGGGACAGAGUUACCUUCCAGGGUUUUCCAGGUGAACCCGACAAAGAGCUGAACCCCAGAAAGAAGGUGUGGGAGCAGGUUCAGCCUGAUUUACGCACAGAUGGCCAAUGUGUCGCAACCUACAGGGGAGCUGCCUUUCAAAUCGAUGGCAAGGGAGUGUGCAGAGCCCAAACCAUGAGCAACAGUGAAAUCAAAUAAACGAACAGAACUGCUUGAAAUAGCUAAGCACAAAUCCCUGCAGCCGGACAGGUUCCAAAAUGUUGUGGAAAGCCUUCCUGGAAGAGUGGAGGCUGUUAUUGCAACAAAAGGGGGGAGCAACUCCAUCUUAAUGCUGGUGGUUUUGGAAUGACACGUCCAGCAACCACAUGGGUGUCAUGUUUGAGUGUACACAUACUUUUGUAGUGUAAGCCAAGAGACGUGAAAACAGUAUGUUGUCCUCUGUUGGACAGAUAUGAACAUUACUGCUGCACCAUUUUUAUGAAAAGCUGUAGUUCUGUAUUUGGUCAGAGGAUGGCACUACAGUACCCAUGAUGAUGUGAAGCAUGUGGGAAUGAGAAUGUACUGCAAAUACAGUUAUUCCCAAGUAUAGGUACAGUCAUACCCAGCAUGGUAAAAUGAACAAGGGAAAUGAAAUUCUGCAGAAGAAUUUGGUUGGGGAAUGUUUGAGAAUAUAUAAAUGCUUUCCCCUGACGCCUCAGCGAUCAUUUCCACAGAACAGUGGAUGAAAUUCCACAGUGCAGAAAUCCCUUUUUAAAACAGAAACACUUAAUAGUUUUGCUUUUGAUAGGAUGAAAACCAGUUAAAAUGUACCAGUACCAGUAUG